AAAAAAAAAAAAAAAAAUUGGAUUGCGUAAGUACCCUGUGAUUUUGUAAUUAUUCAUCUAAACUUAAAAUUUAAUAUUUCUUUCUUUUAGAAAAAAUUGACAUGCUCCAUACCACUGUUUACACAGACCAUCCAAUGAGUUUCCUGGGCUCUUCCACAGCUUUAGAGAUUAAAUAACUUACGGAUAAAGAAAAUUUGGAUGGUAAAAUUGAAUAUUGUAACUAUGCAAUGGAUUCCUCAGUGGAAAACACGUAUGUAAACAAAAUGUGGGUUCAAUGUGAGAAUGAAAAUUGUUUGAAAUGGAGAUUGUUAUCAAAUGAGGAUGCAGCCAAAGUUGAUCAUAAUGAACCUUGGUACUGCUUCAUGAACGCUGAUUCAAGAUAUAAUAACUGCUCAAUUUCUGAAGAAGACUUCCCUGAAGAGUCUCAACUUCAUCAGAGUGGAUUUAAGAUUGUCUAUUCACAGCUCCCUCUUGGAAGCCUGGUUUUGGUAAAAUUACAGAAUUGGCCAAGUUGGCCAGGAAUACUUUGCCCUGACCAUUUUAAACGGAAGUAUGUGACCUAUGACCUGGAUGGAAAUGUUGAAGAGUAUCACAUAGAAUUCCUGGGUGAUCCCCAUUCCAGAUCAUGGAUAAGUGCAACAUUUGUUGGACAUUAUAGUAUCACAUUAAAGCCAGAAAAAUGUAAGAAAAAAAAGAAAUGGUAUAAAAGUGCACUGCAAGAAGCAUGUCUACUCUAUGGAUAUUCUCAUGAGCGAAGACUGGAAAUGUGCUGCCUGUCAAAACAAAAAGAUAAAUCCAAAACACAUGACAAAGUUGCUGCACUGGCCAAGAAAAGGAAGCAGAUUUCUAAAAAUAAUAUUGAAAAGAGAAAGCCCAAAUUUAGAAAAAGGAAAAGGAAAGCAACUUUAACAUACUCUUUUGAAAAUGUUUGUUAUGAUGAUGCCUUAUCAAAGGAAAACAUGGUUGUCUCUGAGACAGAAGUUUUACUAAAAGAGCUGGAGCAAAUGCUACAGCAAGCACUGCAACCCACAACCACAGCUGAGGAGCCUGAAGAAGGACAUGGAGAGGAAAUAAAUACUGGAGGAAAGCAAAGUCAUCUGGAGUAAUCCAACUACCACACCAUGAGGGCAUUCUAGCAAAUCUAUAGAGAGGUUUAUGUGGUAAGAAACUGAGGCCUCCUGCCAACAACCAGCACUAACAUAACAGCCAUGUGUGGGAGCUGUUUUAGAAGUAAUCAGUCAGCCUCAGUCAAGCCUUCAGAUAACCACAGCCCAGGCUGACAUCUUGACUGCAACGUCAUGAAAGACCCUGAGCCAGAACUUCUUAGCUAAGAAUUGCCUAGAUUCCUGACACAAACUCAUGUUUUGAGGUAAUUUCUUAUACAUCAAUAGAUAACCUAAUGUAAUAUGUGAUGGGCUUGUCUCACCAAAUAGAUUAUAAGCAUAUUAGAGAAAAGAACCGUUAAGUUUCAUUUCUCACAGUGCUUGGAGUAGCAUUGAGAGACUUGUCUCAAUAACUGAUGUUAAUGCUUCACAAUUACAUUCUAGUCAAGUCAACAAAUAUUUAUUAAUGCCUACCAGAUACUCUUAUAGGGGCUAAGAAUAAAAGUAAACAUCAAGGGACAAGAUAAAUUCUAAUGGAGAAGACAGAUAAUAAUUUAAAAAUAGAUAUGGGUCAGGUCAAUGAAUCAAUGAGGAUAUGAAGCUAAGAAGAAAGCCAAAACAAGGAUGGGGGGAUAAUGAGAUUUUAUAUAUUUAGACAGGGUGUCAGAAAGGCCUCUCUGGUUAGACAUUUGUGCAUAGAACUAUGCAUGUAUCUGGGAAAGAGCAUCCCAGGCAGAAGGAACCCCAGGUUCAAAGGUCAUGAUACUGCCAAACAAUGGCAUAUUCAAUAAGGCCAAUAUGGCUAAGGCCGAGUUUGCUAUUGCUUCAGAUUUUACUCUUUAGUUAACUGAGUUUCUCAUAAAUGCAACUUUACAUUUGAAUCUCUCACAGUGGCUUGCAUCCCUCUUUUGCUGAAUUUGAACAUGGCACCAAAUAUUGGUCUACUAUAAACAGAUCUGUUCAUGUAAGUUAGUCAUUUUAUAAACAUAUGAAUAUGGCUAAGUCAAAAUAAGCUAAUAUUUCUAAUUGGAAUGAAGAAUUAGAAAAUUUACUGAUUGCAAUCUUCUUGUUAUAACUUCUGUUCUCUGAAGCAUUCUGAUUUCCUUAAAACCAUUAGUGCCCACCAAUAAAUUAUAUAGCCUUUGUAGUAACAAAUAUGUUUGAAUAUUACUGACAUUGUAGGGAAGAAUCAGGCUCAUUCAGUAUAUGUUUAUUAAGAAAUAACUUCUCAAAUUGACAAAUGAUUAGGUCUCCCAACAGAAGAACAAAUAAAAUCCCAUUUUCUAAGUCAUCUGUCAUUCCACGCUGUGGACUUUACUUCUUUUCCGUUACUUCUGAAACACAUAUCAUGGUGAAUCAAAUGAUCAUUGAAUAAUGAAUUUGGCCUUGAUUACUGUGUGUUAGUGAUCAUAAAUAAAUGAAGUUAUGUAUGUAUUUCAUGAACAUCUGAAUGUUUUAAUCUUACAUUUCACCUCAGAUUACCAAGUGAAGUGUAUCCUUAUUUUAAAAGUAAACACUCCUUUGAGAGGCAUAAUACAUAACUUAAACUCACAUUUAACAUUUUAAAUUAUCAUGUAAAUAAGAACUCCUGCAUUAUUUUACUAUGACAUUAUUUUACGAUUUACUGGUGUUCUCUCUUUAAAAGAUGAGUGAUUUUCUUUCUUGUAUGCUUCCUUUUAUAAACAUAAUCUUGGCAAAUUAAUGAAUUAUUUUAUUUGUGCUUUAAUUUUAAAGAGCAAACUUCACAGAGGACACAUGGGGGAAGUGGAGAAUAGGGAAUAACAAGGCAGAACAAGGGGGAAUCAAAGAGAGGAAGCCAGAAAGAGAGAGACACAGAAAUAGAAAGAUACAAAGACAGAAAAAUUCUGAUAGCUUGUGUGCAUGUGGUGUGGGGAGGAGGAGUAGGUGUGCAUUUGUGUGUGUGUGUGCAGGCAAGACAGUGAAGAGAUAACUACUGAGAUAGAGCCAGAAAGG